GCCUAUCGGGCGCCGCGCCCUGGUCCGCUCAGGCCUCAGCAGCGGUCCGAGUGAGUUGUGACGUGUUCGGCGCGCUGUGCGCUGCUGUGGUCUGUGUCUGGUACCCGCUAUCAUGCCCAAGCGGAGCUGCCCGUUCACGGAUGCUGCCCCGCUUCAACUCAAAGUCCACGUGAGCCCGAGAGAGCUGAGCCACGGUGUGUUCGCCGAGCGCUACUCGCGCGAGGUCUUCGAAAGAACCAAGCAGCUCCUUUUCCAAGGGGCCCAGGCCUAUAAAGAUCACAUCUGGAGUGAAGGUUGUUCCAUCAACCACCUGCCGGAGCCACUCAAGCCUGGUCUGGUGGGAGCCCCUCAAGCUGCAAGGGGACAGAUGUUGAUUGGACCUGAUGGCCGACUGACACGGUGCCAAGCUCAGGCCUCGGAAGCUGGCCUUCCCAGGGCAGCACCCAUUGCUUGUUCAUCCUGCGUGAGAUCUGUGGAUGGAAAGGCGGUCUGCAGCCAGUGUGAGCGGGCCCUGUGUGGGCAGUGUGUGUACACCUGCUGGGGCUGUGGUGCCUUGGCCUGUGUGCUGUGUGGCCUGGCAGACUAUGCCGAUGACGACGACGGUGAAAAGACGCUUUGCACCAGCUGCGCCAUGUUUGAAGCCUGAAGUGGCCAUGGACAGCACAAGAUGUUCAUACUAAAGAGAGAGAAGGUGGCUUUUUAUAUGUUAUAUUUUAUACCCCAGGAACAAGUGAAUAAACCUCUUUAUAUUU